GGUGGCCGCUGACGUCAUAUUCCUGCGCCGCGCCGUCUGUCAGGAGUCCUUGGCUGCUUUUGCUCGGCCUGCUGGAGGUGAACCAACUUACUAACUUGGACGUCCGGGCACGCCGACAAAAUGCACACUUGGACGCAGUUAUAUCGAACUCUGGCUACGCGAAGUCAUCAGCUGCCGUGCAAACUGCACGGAGCGACGGUGUUGUCGGUCCGAACGUACGCUGACAAAGCAGCGAUCGAUGCAGACGUCACAGUGGUUGGGUCCGGUCCGGGCGGCUACGUCGCCGCCAUCAAAGCUGCACAGCUCGGCUUCAAGACGGUUUGUGUGGAGAAGGACGCCACACUGGGCGGAACCUGCCUCAAUGUCGGCUGCAUCCCCUCUAAAGCUCUUCUGAACAACUCGUACUUGUACCACUUGGCUCACGGCAAAGACUUUGAGAGCAGGGGCAUCGAAAUUUCCGGCAUCUCUCUGAACCUUGAGAAGAUGAUGGCGCAGAAAAGCGGGGCGGUCAAAGCGCUCACCGGGGGCAUCGCGCAUCUCUUCAAACAGAACAAAGUGAGACCUCCUUUUCCUUUUCCCGCCCAUCUUUGUCAGCCCUCGCGAUACGGCGUCCUCUCCCGACAGGUGACCCACGUCAACGGCUUCGGCAAGGUGGCGGGAAAGAACCAGGUGACCGCCGUGACGGCCGACGGCAGCGAGCAAGUCAUCAACACCAAGAACAUCCUCAUCGCCACCGGCUCCGAAGUCACGCCGUUCCCGGGAAUUCAGAUCGACGAGGAGACAGUGGUGUCGUCGACGGGAGCGCUGUGCCUGAAGAAAGUUCCGGAGGAGUUGAUCGUGAUCGGCGCCGGCGUCAUCGGAGUGGAGCUGGGGUCCGUGUGGCAGCGUCUUGGUGCCAAGGUGACGGCGGUGGAGUUCCUAGGCCACGUGGGCGGCAUGGGCAUCGACAUGGAGAUCUCCAAGAACUUCCAGCGCAUCCUGCAGAAGCAGGGCCUCAAGUUCAAGCUGGGCACCAAAGUGUUGGGUGCCACCCGGAGGCCUGAUGGGAAGAUGGACGUGGCCGUGGAGGCGGCGGCCGGCGGCAAGAACGAGACGCUGACGUGCGACGUGCUAUUGGUGUGCAUCGGCCGGCGGCCGUUCACUCACGACCUGGGCCUGGAGGCCGUGGGCAUCCAGCUAGACAACAGGGGGCGCAUCCCCGUCAACAACCGCUUCCAGACUAACGUACCCAGCAUUUACGCCAUCGGCGACGUGGUGGCGGGGCCCAUGUUGGCGCACAAGGCGGAGGACGAGGGCAUCAUCUGCGUGGAGGGCAUGGCGGGUGGCGCCGUGCACAUCGACUACAACUGCGUGCCCUCCGUUAUCUACACGCACCCUGAGGUGGCCUGGGUGGGCAAGACCGAGGAGCAGGUCAAGGAAGAGGGCGUUCCCUACAAAGUGGGCAAGUUCCCGUUCGCCGCCAACAGCCGCGCCAAAACCAACGCCGACACGGACGGUCUGGUCAAGAUCCUCAGCCACAAGGAGACGGACAGGAUGCUGGGCGCUCACAUCCUCGGAAGCGGGGCGGGAGAGAUCAUCAACGAGGCGGCCCUCGCCAUGGAGUAUGGCGCGUCUUGCGAGGACGUCGCCAGAGUCUGCCACGCCCACCCGACGGUGUCGGAGGCGUUCAGAGAAGCCAACCUGGCCGCUUCCUUCGGCAAGGCCAUCAACUUCUGAUCCUCUUCAUCUUCGUCACCCGAGGGAACAGGAAGUUGCGCCGCCAGGAAACUCCCACACCCAAACUCUUAACUCCAUGAGACCGCCGAGCUGCUUCUUCUAAUCUUAUUUCCUGAAUACUCAUUUACAUAUUCAAUAGUACGAUCGCCGGGAGGAUUAUUAUUAUUUUUUUUUUGUUUUUUUUCAUUUACAGUUGAACGAUUGUGUCGGGAAACAGAAGUUUCCACCACGACUUUCAAGCUUUAAUUUAUUUCUACUUCCUGUACCAUGGCGCUUAGCACGUGUCGCGCUAGCCAGCACUCGUCCGGCUUUUAGGACAUUUAUCCCAAUUAUGAAAAUAAAGUAAAUACAUCAUGUGGUCAA